AUGGAAAAUCAUGAUGCAAAUGCUGUAAAAGGCUGCAAUAUUUGUAAUCUAACACGUGCUAUUAGGUGCAUACCAAUUACAAAGAGUAAAACAUGAGUGAUGAUGUGAUGCCCUUUUUGUGGGGGCAUGCUUCCUUUAAAUAUCUACCAUUUCUUCCUUUCACAGAAUUCAUCCCAUUCCUAAUUCUAAUUUUUUUCUACUCUAUUCAAUUUCAAUUUCUCUCUGUGUUUCCCCUCUCAUCACCAUGCUUCCAAAGUUCAUCAUUAGCCCCUUCAGGGUGGAAUCCCAAGAAGGGAAGCAUGUGAACAAGAGAAGAAAGCAUGUGAUAUCAUUUGAGAGUACCAACAUGGAUGUUGGUUUGAGACUUCUCCCUCAAAUUACAAGCUCAAAUAGCACAUCAAAUGUCCUCUUGAAAUCUGCAGUGAGAAAGGCAAACCAACAAUCCAUCCCUCAAGACUUUUGCUUCCUUAAAACUUGCAAUCUAUGCAAUAAGCAACUCAGUCCAGACAAAGAUAUUUACAUGUACAGAGCAAAGACUGUCAAUGCAGCAACAACGCAAAACAAAAAGAGGGGAAAGAUUGAGAUCAAAGAAGUUGAGCAGAGAAACCGGCGUUACGUGACUUUCUCCAAACGCAAACUAGGGUUAUUCAACAAACUCACCGAGCUCUCUGUUCUCUGCCAAGUAGAGACCGCUGUGAUCAUCACCUCCCAAAACGGGAAGCUCUAUUCCUGCGGCUACCCCGACCCCGACGCCGUCGUUCGGCGCUACCUCACCGGAGGGCCUCCGCUGCGGCGCAACCGUGCAAACAAGAGGGAGCAGCAAGAGUUCGUUGAGCAGCAAAGGCUGGAAUACGAGGCUGUUCAGAAUCAGUUGAAAGAAGAGAAAAAGCGUCUGCAAGAAAUCAAAGGGACGCAAAAUAAUAAUGGUUUCUGCUUUGCGGCCCCUUGGUGGAAUCUCCCCACCGAGGGUAUGGGUUUGGAAGAUCUUGAACAGUUCAAGACUUCUUUGGAACGUUUGAAGUUUAACCUAGUUGGGGCGCUGCAAGAGAAGCAGAUGAAUUCGGUCCCAUCAAUGCCACAUGCUGCUAUGCUUCCACCAAUGCCAUCUACUGUGGUUCCACCAGUGCCACAUGCUGCUAUGGUUCCACCAAUGUCAUCUACUAUGGUUCCACCAGUGCCACAUGCUGCUAUGGUUCCACCAAUGAUGCCACCACAGUUUCAAAACAUGUCGCUCUUGAGGGCUCAACGUUUAAGUGGAAAUCAAGUUCAAGAUGAUUAUUGGAGGAGUGCUGCUAUAGCUAGUACUGCUUCGACGUUUGCUUCAAAUGUUUUUGGAAGCCUGAAAAAUUAUGGGUAUACUACUUAAAACUUUAUUGAAUAAGUGAUAUGAAUUGAUGAGUGUUAAUUGGAUCGAUGCUUAAUUAGUUAUAAUGGAGGGAUGUUAGCUAGUUUCAAUUAGUAUAGCUAGGUAUUUGUUUUUCUUAAUUGUUUGAUGUUUCCAUUACAUGGUUUAAUUAAAAAUAUAUAAUGUUUUCCUUUUGUUUUGUAAAGAUUUAGAAAAGGAUAGCAUACAAUCUUCUUGUAUUCAUGCACUCGAAUCUGCUUGGAGUAUGCGAA